AUGGAAGGACGUGGUGAGGAUACCAAUGCGUUGGUUGGCGAUGUCGAAAGGUCAGUCUCUCUGUUGUCUAGCACCGGCACUAUCUGGAUCGACGUCUACACAAUUAGCUUCAACCCUGGACCAGGCGGCCGACAUCCGGGCUACGGUGCACCAAGCCAAGCCAUCCCUCCACAAAUACGCAGACGACCUCUUCGACACCGCCGCAAAACCACCGAGGACGUCGCAGCCCGCGUGAACCUCAUCAGCGCCCUCCUCCGCGCUGUCAAGGACGACAUCACAGCAUUCCGCAAGUCCCUCCGCGUCCCAUCCCCAGCGGACGGCGGAUCGCGGGUGAAUGCUAGCUCGGAGGGGCCGUCUCUGGGCCAGGUAUCGAACGAUAUCGACGGGGCGUUCGAGGAGAUCCUCAAGCGCGUGCACGAGGCGUUCCCCGCACCCGACGAAGCCGCGCACCACGCCGCCCGCCAGCGCCUCAUCAGUCACAUCUUAGAGGGCGCAGAAAUCGAGCUCAUCAAGAUCCUAUGCGCAAAGCACAACCUCGUAGGCGAAGACGCCCUCCGCACGUUCUGGCGCGGCGUCAGCCCGGUCAUCGAGAGCGCUGUCGUCACGACGGGGGACCUGGCCGAGCAGCACCCGAAGCUGGCCGCAUUCGUCAUUGCGGGGGUGAUCGCCAUGCUCAUCCCCGAGUCGUGGUUCGCCAAACCGCUGCUGCGCCUCAUCGGGUUCGGGCCUGUAGGCCCUGCGAAAGGCUCCCCCGCGGCCUGGGCGCAGCGCGUCUUCUACGGCGCAAACGUCCACACAAAAUCCGUGUUUGCGAGCCUUCAGCGCGUCGCUAGCAGGCUAUGA